AUGUCGCAGAACGGACACACGUAUCGGCGAGUCGCCGUGAUUGGCGCGGGUCCUUCAGGAUAUGCUGCUGCGCGCGCCUUGGCUUUAGAGAAGAAGUUUGAUGUUAUCCGGGUGUUUGAGAGAAGGGACAAAGUUGGAGGCAUAUGGCACUUUGACCCACUACCCGAUGAAUUUCCGCUGAAACCAGCAUCCAGAGUGACAAUCCCUCCACAAUUCCCGACUCUGGCACCGCCAGCUGCUGAGGACAUUACUGCGCGAACGGCCUUGUAUGAGAAACUAGAUAGCAAUGUCGGUGCGGAGAUUAUGGCCUUUUCCCACGCGCCAUUUCCUCUACAUAACUCUGCGGUAUCUGUUUUGCGUCUUGGCCAUAAUAAUGCGUCACGUCCAUUCCAAGUAGUGCAGCAAUAUCUUGAGACGCUUUUUCAGGAAUUCCGCCAGUUCGUGUCGCUGAGCACAACAGUGGAACGAGCCGAAAAGAAGGGUGAUAAAUGGAUUCUGUCUCUCCGUCAGCCAGGCCACGCGGAGUCCAAUGGCCAGCCAAGGGAUUUUUGGUGGCAGGAGAAUUUUGAUGCCGUCGUCGUUGCAACUGGACACUACAACGUGGGUGCCAUCCCGAAUAUCGAGGGGAUUAAUGAGACAUAUAAGAAGGUUCCCGUGGUGUUUGAACAUUCAAAGUCGUACAGAUCUCCAGAUAACUAUGUGGCAAAGAAAGUUGUUGUGGUCGGAGGGAACAUCUCUGCUGCUGAUAUAGUCACCGACCUACAUGCCAUCGUUAAAGGUCCACUAUAUUCUGCACAACGCGGCCUCAACGAGAAGUUAAUCCCUGCAUGGAACCUGCCUGGGGUGGUACGCAAACCGCAGCUCAAACGUGUCUUUGCCUCUUCCGAUGAAUUGGCAAAUGGCCAAGUUGGCGUCGAGUUUUCCGAUGGCGAGGUCGUCACGAACGUGGACAAAAUCAUUUUCGCGACCGGUUUCCGAGUGGCAUAUCCAUUUAUACAGCCAAACAACCCCGUCACAUCAACAAACAGGCUUGAUGGCGUCUAUGAGCACAUUGUCAGAAUUGGUGACCCAUCUUUAGCAUUUGUGGGACAGGUCAAGGGAGGUCUUAGCUUCCGUGUUUAUGAGUACCAGGCAGUGGCAAUCGCACGUAUCCUGGCCGGUCGUGCCAACUUGCCCUCCGUUGCAGAACAAAAGGAAUGGGAAAAGAAGCGCCUUUCACUUAAAGGGGAUUCUGUCGCUUUCCAUGAAAUCUUGCCAGACUUUGGACCUUACUGGAACCGACUGAGAGAGAUAGCAGGAAAACCCUCCCCAGAGUCAAACAGUUAUGAACUACCCGAGUGGCAGCAGGAAUGGGCAGAUACAGCUUUAGCGAUCCUGGCAAAAAAGAGCCUGUGGUGGGAUGAGCAAACACAAAUUGCCAGAGCAAAGCUGUAG